CGGAGAGGAGGAGGGAGAUAAAAACAGGUAGACAGAGGGAGAGGUAAAGACAGCAAAGGAGAGAGAUGAAAUAUUGUUUGCAGAGAGAAAACUUGAAGCUGAGUUUUCCUUUCAUUUUGCAUACAAAAACCUUCAAAACUGAACAGAAAUGCUCCAAAUCGGGCUCUCUCUACUAUACGGCAUUUGCCUUCACCUGGUUUUACUCAGCACUGCAGAGGAGGGUCUCGAGUUCCCUAACUUUGACGGCAAGGACCGGGUGUUGGACAUCAACGAGCGCAACUUUAAGAAAGCUCUGAAGAGAUACGACCUGCUGUGUCUGUUCUACCACGAACCAGUGCCUGCAAACAAGGGCCUGCAGAAGAGGUUCCAGAUGACAGAGCUGGUGCUGGAGCUCACUGCUCAGGUCCUGGAGAACAAAGACAUUGGUUUUGGGAUGGUGGACUCCCAGAAGGAUGCCAAAGUGGCCAAAAAACUGGGUCUGGAGGAGGUGGGAAGUUUGUACGUCUUCAAGGAUGACCGGGUCAUUGAGUUUGAUGGGGAGCUGUCAUCUGACACUCUGGUGGAGUUUCUCUUGGAUGUGCUGGAAGACCCGGUGGAUAUGAUCAAUAACGCCAUGGAGCUGCGUGCCUUCGAGAGGAUGGAGGAGGACAUCCGCCUCAUUGGCUACUUCAAAGGAGAAGAUAUAUACUUCAAAGCUUUUCAGGAGGCCUCAGAGCGCUUUCAGCCUUACAUCAAGUUCUUCGCUACAUUUGACAAAUCUGUGGCCAAACAUCUGUCCCUCAAGAUGAACGAGGUGAAUUUCUACGAGCCGUUCAUGGAGGAGCCGGCCAUCCUACCUGGCAGACCUUUGUCUGAGAUGGACAUCGUAGAGUUCGUCACCCAACACAGAAGGGCUACUUUGAGGAAGCUACGGGCAGAGAAUAUGUUUGAAAUAUGGGAGGAUGAUAUGGAUGGAAUACAUAUUGUUGCGUUUGCUGAGGAGGAAGAUCCAGAUGGCUACGAGUUCCUGGAGAUCCUAAAAGACGUAGCGAGAGACAACACCAACAACCCGGAGCUCAGCAUCAUGUGGAUCGACCCUGACGACUUCCCUCUGUUGACUACGUACUGGGAGAAAACCUUCAAGUUGGACCUGUUUAGACCUCAGAUCGGGGUGGUCAAUGUCACAGACGCCGACAGUGUGUGGCUGGACAUGUCCAACGAUGAAGACCUGCCCACGGCUGAGGAGCUGGAGGACUGGAUCGAAGACGUUCUGUCCGGGAGGGUGAACACAGAGGACGACGACGAGUCUGGAGACGACCAGGAAAUCACUGACAGCUACAUCACAGAGGACAGCUAUGAGGGUCACGAGCCAGACGAGGAAGAGGAGAGCGAUGACUAACUUGAAGGGUUAAUGGUCGGUUUGUCUCCUUGCAGUUUAGACUGAUUCAUUCGAGCCCUAUUUCAGACAAAGAUGUGUAAUUUCUAUGUCUUUACUUUUAUCAAUUCUGUAAAAGAUAUCUGCAUUUUAGCUAGUAAAUGCUAGCCAAUGUUAGCAAGAUAGCUGCUGACUUUGACUGCACGCUGUUCGGUGCUAAUGUGCUCGUGUAACAUAUUUUUAAACGUCUUUCUGCUGCAAAUAGCUUUAGAAAAAUAUGUUUAGAACACAUAGUGAAUCAAAACAAUACUUGAGCAUUAAACACAAAACAUUACCAGGCCAUACACUCAACACAACUAGCAGAAAGAAGCUAAAAUGCUGCAUUAGGCAGGUGGAACACAUUGUUAAUCUGAAUGACAUCUAUAACAUUACACACAUUUUUAAUAUGAACAAAUGAACACUAGUAGGUUGACAAAUGAUUGUGACAUCAUUAGGACAUAUUCUAAUGGUGUUUAUUGAUGCAUGUAGAAGUGAAUGUCUUUUCCCUUUUAAUUAGAACAGUCCUUAAAAUUUCUUGAGAUUAUUUCAGGACAAAAUAAAAAAAAAGUUCUGACUCGGCACAGCACAGCUCCACAGAAAUCUCAGAACAAAAAUAAUAAUCUAUUCACAUAUCAUUUAUAGAUCCUCUAACAAUCAUAUUUUAGUUGAAGGAAAUAAAUUUGACAAUAAAAUAUAUAUCUACGAUUCCUCAGAAAACAUGGUCAGCAGCUUGGUUGAGUUGCCAGUCUACGCAAACGGUCUGGCUCAAGUCACUCAUUUCUUAUUUUGUUCACCUUUUCUAACCAUUGCUACUCAUUCAAUUGGUUAAAUAAAUGAGCAUAUCUGCUUCCUGAUUGGGUAAUCUGAAAAAAUAAAUAAUAAAUAAAUAAAAUAAUAACAAAAUAUAACCUAAAUUUUUCCAUAAUGAAGAGGCAGGAACAGAAGUUUACCAACAAAUAUGUUUUUGCAAAUGGAUUUCUUAGUGUGGAAGUGAAAGGGUUAAAGGGUAAUGCUAAUAGUUGUGUAUAGUUAACUUAAUUCUUGAUUAUUAUAGUUGUAAAUUCGUAGUACCUUCAUCAUUAUUUUUAUUUAAUUCCUAUAUAAUCUAGUUGUAUUAGUACUCAUAUGAAUGUUCUUCUUGUUGGGAUCAAUAAAGGAUUAUCUUCUCUUAUCUUAUAAUAAACACUAUUUUGAGAAUAGAAUUUGAUAUAAAACAGCAUCAAAAAAAAUGUGUGUGUGUGUGUGUGUGUGUGUGUGUGUGUGUGUGUGUCUCGUUAAGAAGGUCCAGACUGGGGCCCAAGACAACAGAUUGGCCUCUCUGACGAAUGAUUUCACCUUGAAUUAUUCAAACAUCGGUGAAUAAUUUAGCAUCGUUAAGCCUCCUAAUGGGCGAGGGGACCUGGACAGUGAGUCGGGGGGGAGCCGUGGGUGAGACAUUGGGCUCUACAAACCGCAUAAGGAGCGGACACCCUGGACAUGAAUUAAUAACACAAGGCCAUGCAUGAAUGAAUGAUUCCCCUGCAGUGUGUAAACAGGAUGUUUAGAUAUCACGCUCUGGGAUUCAUAUAGAAGCCUUAAAGCUGAGAGACGAGAACAUCCUGGUCAGUAAUGUGCACUUAAACAUGACCUGAGGCAACAAGACAUUUCACGCUUUCUCCUCAGGGGGAAAAAAAGUGUUCCUGCACGGCCUUCAGGGUUACAUAAUCCUGUCAGAGUCAAGCGUGAUGGUGUUUUACAUGAACGCUGACUAAAAGGAGGGCAGGAGGACGCACGCACGCACGCACUCUCUCUCACACACACA